UUGAGUCAAAUAUUCUCUCGUUUGACGACCGCCUUCUUUCUCUCGCCGCUAAUUUCUCUGUAUAUUUUUUAAAGUUGGAACCGGCGAAGCGUAGAAUUGGCGGGGAAAUCGUCAUUUCUCCUCUCGCGUUGUCGACGGCUGUUGUUUCGGCCGGAGGUUAUCAUGCAGCAUGGCCAUGAAUGAUAGCGAUUUAAGGACUCUUGGAUUCUCAACAAUUCGUGCCGUGAAGGAAAUGCAACGACUCAUAAUGCAAUGCAAAAACGAAGCAAAUGGCCCAAGUGUCAUGUUGUGCCCAGAGGAGCCACCUGGCCAUUAUUAUGAUCCUCUUCGUGGUUCCGGCUUUAUAGAAAACAAGCUCAAAACUUUACGAAAACAAAUGGCAAUAGAAGAUAAGAUGUAUAAAAAACAAAAGAGAAGCCACUCAACAUAUGCAAGUAGUUCCAGUUUUGAGAGUAGCGAAGAUGCUGACACCAGUGGGAGUACUGUUGAACUGGAUGCCUCACUUCUGGAAGACGAUAGCCCUAUACUGAAAAAGAUUAAAUGGCUGAAAGAAACCACACCUAACAAGGACAAUAAGGCAGGAAUAUAUAACAUAAUGAAGGAAAGUCAUGACUAUCGUAGGCUUGAAAUACAGCUGAAGCCUAUGACCUUAACUGACAUUUUAGAAAAGUACCCAAGGUUCUGUGAUGCUUAUGAGGGUGGAUUGAUUGACUGUGAAUUUGAGAUGAAUUACCCGGAGUGUAAGAAGUUUAUGGAAAUUUUUCCACCACUCAUUCAAAAAAUUCUUAAAAUGGAUCAGGAUUGUGUUCAGUGUGAUGAUGGUAUGUGCUUUAUGCUUUAUAUUACUGAUAUUUUAUGUAUAAAUACUGGUUGACUUAGAACUAUCUCUGCCACAUUUCCAACUGGGCGGCAG